AUGAAGAUACUUUUAUCGACAGUGCGAGACAAGGCCAAAUUGACCGAAAUCAUCAUUUCCCAAAAUGAAACCGACCGCAAGAUCAGACUCGCCCGACCAACACCAGCGCUGUACACCUCGCUUUACUCGGCCGCUAUCAUCGAGCAGAUCACCCCGUUCAAGUUCAAUGACACCACAUACACGGCAAUUGCGCGCCAGGGAGGCGUGAUCGACAUCUACAACGCCAAAUCGUCCAUGCCACUAAUCUCGCUCACAGAAAACCUACGCCUGGGCUCCGACUUUAUGGUUGCCCUGAACGUGGUGGAUCAUUUUCUGAUCAGCUGCAGCAACAGGGGACUGGUGUCUGUCUACAACAUCAGCAAGCUGAUGGACGAGCCAGACCUGGAGGGUGGCUUUUUCAUGCUGAUCGAAGACCCUGUCGAGUUCUGCCGCCCGCUGGACAACCCGUUCAAGUUCGUAACGGGAGGAUACAACAACAGCCUCGAGAUUUACGAUUUCCGCAGAGACUACGAAAGCCACCAACGCCAUACGUCCGAGUCGACGUUUCUCAGAAUAUGCAGAAGUAUUAUCACGAUAAAACCGGUGUUUAAGACCGCAAACCCCAAACCGAACGGGGACUUCCCGUGGCUCAAGAACGCGGUGUUUGUACGCGAGUCGUGCGAGGAGGCCGACCUCACGAUUCUCGCCACAACCAAGUUUGGCAAACUGCUCAUGUACAAGCCGUAUUUCGCCAAGGUGCCGAUCCAAGUAUUCCAGCUCUCGCCGCAUUCGAUCAACCACAUCACCACGCUGAACAAGUCCAAGAUCCUGUUCAUGGACUCAUUCAAUACAAUUGGCAUCUUCGACUUUGCUGCAGAAAGAGUGGUCAAACAGCUCAACAUCGCACUUAUCGGGUCCAUCGCGUCGCUCGACUGCGUCAAAAUCAACGACUUCUCGUUCCUCGUCAUCAUCGCCUCGCUAGACAAAAACCUCAGACUGUACAGACUGACGCUUCCCGACUGCACGCUGGCGCUCAUUGGCAUCUCAAAACUCUCGAUCACGUGCGCCAGCUAGACUUUAGGCAUUAUGACAACAAAUAGCUCCUUAUUUCUGGCCCAUAACAUCAACGUAGCCACGGCGCGGACCACGCUUGGACUUGCGUGCUGUCGAAGCAGACAUCGAAAGCAGGUCCUCGAUGUUGUCUGAUUUUUUGCUGCCGUUCACCGUUGCAGGAGCAGGCGCGCCCGCUGGCGGCCCGCGUGGAGGUGCCCCCAUUGCGCCAGGCUUGGCCGACGCAGAGUCAGAAACAGCCCGCUUGACAGGAGGCGGUGGUGGAGGCGUGGAAGCGGCCUGCUCCUCCGGCGAGGCAUUCUUGUUCACCCAUCUCUUUAGCUUCUCGUCGUAAUAGAAUGAGCUCUCUUCGCCCAGUUUGGCUCUGAUAGGCUUAGGCUGGUCGUUUUUCUUCUUUCCCAACCAACCGAACCACGAGCUCCCUCCCCUUUCCGCGUGCUUCUGCUGCUCCUCUUUCAUCCUGGCCUCGUCUUUCUCCUUUUUCUUUUUUUCCUCUUCCUCAUUAUGCCUUCGCUUCUCCUCCUUCGUUUCUUCGUCGUCGUCGUCAUCAUCUACCACGUCGUCGUAGUACUCCUGAUCGUCGUCUUCAGCAUGAUAGCGCUUCUGAUCCGUGAUCACGGUAGCCGGUGACUUUGCCGGUCUGUAUGGAGCAGAUGGAGGGUCAAACAUGCUCUGGAGAUGGCUUGCAUCAGCAGCAUGGAACGAGGCAGCAGGCCUCAGGAUCCUGCCACUAGGAGGAGGUAAUGGUUCGUCGUUGGGCUCUGAGUCAAUGUCCGACUCGAGCUCAGCACUAUGGUGGUCCUCUGGCUCUUUCUCUUCCGGAUGCAAUGAAUCCUCCUGCUCUCUCUCUUUUUCCUCCACCUCGGCUUUCUUAGCCGCCUCAAUCUCUGCAGCAGUAGGAGCAUGGUAGCCACCGUAGCUGUAGAAAUCAUAGGAGUCAAAAUCGGGAGCCUGGGAGUCCUGCGUGUCGUUAGGGGCUUGUGUAGACUCAGCCAUAACGUUGGUGGCAGGCUUGUACCGGCUCUGACUGGAGCCGUUAGAUUUUCUCGAGGUCACGUGCGCAUACGGAUUGUAGACGUUCGGCUUCUUUGGUGGAGCGCUGGAAGCCUUCGGCGGCUUGUUUUCUGCCUGCGGUUCAGGGAACGUGUAUGGUGCCGCAGACACGGCUGGAGUAUCGUUUGACUGAACAGGAGAGGCAUCCAGCGACUCCACACGGUUUGGCACAAACUUCCUUGCAGCCGGUUGCUGAACGAUCUCAUCGGUCAUUAUGGACGUAUCGUGCUCUUCACCAAGAUCCAGUUUUUCUUCCUUACCGCCCGGAGCAGGGGAAUAAGCACUAAAGUCUGCAGGCUCCUUGCGAGCACCGUAUUUGGAAACCUUUCCAGAAACUUCACGGUUGUUCAAUUGGAACGGACUUUGAGGAGCGUAAGUUUGUCCCGGCCCUGGAGUAGAUGUUGUGAAGGGCAGCUCAGGGCGAGCACGCCCAACCUCUACAUAAGACUGGGAUCUUGCAGCAGGUGGUGGAUACGGAACGGCAGCCUGGGUUUGAUCUGCUAUUUGCGCCGAAGGGGACGAUCCAGGAGAUGACAAAGGAGCAGUAUUCAGCAUCGGCUUCUCGUUAUCGUAAGCGUUGCCAGCACCUUGCUGAGAAAGAGGGGCAUAAGCGGAAGCCUUUUUCGACUUUGUCUUUGACUGCGAGUAAGGCUGAUGUGAUUGAACAAGGGUAGAAGUUGAAGACGUUGUAGGAGCAGAUUGCGAGUGAGAAGACGAGGUGUACAUGCCAAAAGACGGUGCUCUGGACAAUGUUUGAUAAGUUGACAUCACAGGCUGAGACUGUGGCUGCAACGUGGAUAAGUCCAGCUGAGAUUGAGUGCGAGAGGGAGCAGGACUAUAUUUGGCAAAGACACCUUCCGAUUUUGCUUUUUUGCCGUCCUCGAGCUCCUCACCUGCGACAAACUUGUUGAACGACUUGUCCAGAUGACCCCACACCUUGUCCAAACCAGAUCUGCCCAACUUUCCGCCAAACCAUCCAGACACCUCAAUUUCUGUCUGGGAAAGUCUCUCCAAGAGCUGGUCAUUGGCAAAUGCAACGGUAGGGUCAACGUAGGUAGACUUGGAUUUGAUGACUCCUGUUGUGUGAUCAACGUACUUCUUAGCCUCCGCAAGAUAACCAACAUCCAACAAGUAGGAAGCAUGGCGAACCUUGAGGGAAAGCGUAUGUGGGAAUCCAUUUGAAAAAGCUGGAGGGAGGUUUGAGGAUGAACUCAAGACAUACUCAUAGAGCUCGUCAAUGAUUAUCGAAUCAAUGUCGCUAGGCGACACGGUUUGAGUUUUAGGGAUCAGGGGCAGACCAGACAGCAAGAAACAGAUUUUGCCGUGGAUCUCAAAUCCGGCCUCUGAAAGUAAGGUUCCAACCUGAACCAGCACAGAGGCCGGAUUCUUGUUGUUGAGAAGGACGAAUGGAAUGACAGAUCUAAAGUUGUCGAUUACCCACUCCUCUUUGCCGCGGAACUGUUCGGCACUCAAUCCGUCCUCGCCUGAUGAUUGCAAACAGAAGCUCAGGUUCUGUUGGAGAACAUCUGCUGCAUCAAAGGUUCUUUCGGUGUACAGUUUGGUGACUUUGGCAAACGCUUCUGGCCCAAGGAGGUUUGCAACAAUUAGUGCAAUUGCCCAGUCCUCCUCGCCAAUGGCCAUUCGAAGAGCACUAAGCUUGUCUCCGAUUUCCAGAUACUUGCUGAGGUUGAGCAAACCGACUUGUUCAAGUUUGUGCGCGUUGAAAGGCUUUUGAUUAGGAACGAAAUAUGUCUCGAUGCUGCUCAGAUCCGUAGGCCCAUCUUGACUAUCGCUGACCAUCAAAGAAGGAUUCACAACUUGCACGACGCUUCGCAAAUACUCUUUUUGAGCAAAGUCACCGGGCUUGUUGAUGUUUACCACAAGGGCUCUCACCACGGCCCACAAAAGAUGGAUCUCCGAGGUGAAUGGACCUUCCAAAUCAGCUCCCAGAGAUAGCAGCUUAUCGUUGAUCCACUUUUCAACGUCUUUCUUCUUGGUUCUAUUUUUCAUCAAGGGACCAGGAAACUGCUGCACAAUCGCUUCGUUUUUGAAGACACAGUUCCCGUCAAUGAUUUCCACAUUGUGUUUGUGAUGUCCGUAGCCAUAUGAAGAAGGAAUGAGAUAUGCCACUUUGUUAGAGCCCGAGAAACUAAACAAUGGCCACUGUCUUCUGACCAAAUUUUCCGGGUUGACAACAACUGGUGCUGGAGUGGACUGGACCAGAUGAGUAGAUGCGUUGCUCCGUGUAGAGGAGUAUCCGGAGUUUUU